AUGAAUUGUACAAAUGAAAAUAUUAAAAAAUUAUUGACUGUUGUUGAUUCUAAUGACUACUUGGCGGAUUUGUACAAGAUAUGUCUGAGGAAAGUGCAAAAUGGCUCAUUGGUCGUAAUAUUGACAUGCCAAAAAUUCGAUAUAUCCCGCUUAUCACCCAUGAAGAAAAUGAAAAUAUCAAAGGAACAAAUGAAACGUUUAAUAGUUAUAAAUUAUAUCUCCAUUGAUGAAAUAACACAAAAACUUUUGGACACUGUUACCAGCCGUGGUUGUGCUACAUUUUGGGAUUAUUUGCAUUCGAUUGAAAUGCAAAAGGAAGAAAAGUUUAAAACUAGAUCCACCUUGCCGGUUUAUGGUAUAUUUAUUGUUCACAAAGAAAUGGAAUAUUUCAAUGAAUUUCAUGUGGAAAUGUUAAAAAGUUUAUAUUUUUAUAAAGAUUCGAUGGUCGAUAAUAUUUUGGAUAUUGAGGAUUUCUUGAGCGAUUCAAUAACGUAA